ACAAUCUAGUCCGCAAAGUAAUGGUUUCACUUAAAGGCUGCUGCAAAGCAAGACGUAAACAAGGUUUAUACAGUACAUUGUGUAUUAUGCUGAAGGAUUCAAGUUUUGAGUUGCGUACUUAAGAAGCAUGGCCAAUAAAGGAGCAAUGUUAAAGUAUGUUUUAGGAUUUACAAUGGCUGUCCUGCUUGCGGACGUAUGUGCUGUGGAAACACUUGAUUUCUCAGACGCAGGCAUAGCAUUGCAGUUUAACUACCCAGAUGAGCCACUGCAUCAUAGAAAAAAACGGGAUGCAGAGCUAAUGGAGUAUAUUGUGAUUGUGGAAGUGAAUGUAUCCCAGGCUGUAGUUAUUGAGCUAAUAAAAUCAUCUUUGGCCUCCAUCAUAUUUCCUCUUCAACUGGACAAUGGUACAGAAAUUACAGAGGUGAACGUAACAACAGUGUGCCAACCAAAUGCGACCGAAUACCAGUGCAAAUGUGAAGAUGGUUAUGCAUGGUCAUACGACAACUGCAAGGCAUAUGAGUCCUGUGAUGACAUCCGCUUGGCCCCAUGUGGAUGUAUCAAUGGCAUCCCGGCAGAUGGAGAGAUGUGUUUGUUACAGAAUGAGCUUCCAAAAACCGACUUCUUGUUAGAAAUUGAAUUGGAAGCAUCAAUCAUCUCUAUGAUCAGUGACAUAAGAAGAGUUCUGGGAAACUUCACCUUUCCGCUCCAGUUAAAUGACCUUGUAGAAGUUUUAGAUCUGGAUAUCACAACAGUGUGCGACUUCAAUGCCACUGGUUACCAGUGUAAAUGUGAGGAUCAGUAUUUCUGGCCUUGUGAUAUGUGUACAGAACAUGGGAGCUGUAGCGACACCAAUGACACAUGCAGCUGCGUCAGUACUUUAAUCGAUGGACAAUUCUGUCAGCCAAUCAGCGAGAUGACAGAAGAAAUCCGAUGUAUGCAACAACCAGCAGCACAACCUUCAGACUACAUGAUUGACGUUGAUGUGGGAUUCUUUGACUUUUUUCUGGUGAACUACUUGCGGAAUCUCACGACAAAUAUUGGCUUACCUCUCACUCUGAGCAACAACAUGAAUGUCACAGAGAUCGACAUGACUACUGUGUGUGGAUUAAAUGGAACAGAAUAUGUGUGCAAGUGUGAGGAUCAUCAUGUCUGGUCCAGUGACACCUGUGCGGUCCAUCAGGUGUGUGAUGACAUUGUGGGAGGAACUUGUGGAUGUAUUCAAGGUCUCCCUUCAGAGGGUCAGCUUUGCCAGAGAGACAUGAAUGAAUGUGAAGAUGCAGAAUCAGUGUGUGGUCCAAACUCAUAUUGCAGUAACAUCAUUGGGAGUCACAUGUGUUCAUGCCGGAGUGGAUUUGCUGCCUUGAAUAGAAACAGUCCUGUGAGCCUCAACAACCCAUGUGUCUUGAUCCUUCCUUUAACUGAAUAUCAGAUUGAAAUUCAGAUAAAUACCAUGAAUACAGCCAUCAGUGAUCAGCUGAGGACACUUCUGAUGUCUUUCAGUUUACCCUACACUAUCAAUGACCGCACAAACAUUACAGAUAUCAGCAUGACUACAGUCUGUUCUUUGAAUGAAAAGGAAUAUCAGUGUAAAUGUGAGGGUCUGUUUGUUUGGCCAAAUGACACAUGUCAUUCAUAUGAGACCUGUGAUAACAUCACUGAUGGUUCGUGUACAUGUAUCAAUGCUCUUCCAAGCAAUGGACCGUUCUGUCAGUUGAAGAAAGGACCGAUUUCAAUCUACAUGAUCGAUGUUGAUGUGAGAUUCUUUGAUUCUCUCCUUGUGAACGACUUACGAAAUCUGAUCACAAAUAUCAACCUUCCUCUCACUCUAAACAACAAGAUAAAUGUCACAGAUAUCGACAUGACAACUGUGUGUGGAUUAAAUGGAACAGAAUAUUUGUGCAAGUGUGAGGAUCAUCAUGUCUGGUCCAGUGACACCUGUGCGGUCCAUCAGGUGUGUGAUGACAUUGUGGGAGGAACUUGUGGAUGUAUUCAAGGUCUCCCUUCAGAGGGUCAGCUUUGCCAGAGAGACAAGAAUGAAUGUGAAGAUGCAGAAUCAGUGUGUGGUCCAAACUCAUAUUGCAGUAACAUCAUUGGGAGUCACAUGUGUUCAUGCUGGAGUGGAUUUGCUGCCUUGAAUAGAAACAGUCCUGUGAGCCUCAACAACCCAUGUGUCUUGAUUCUUCCUUUAACUGAAUAUCAGAUUGAAAUUCAGAUAAAUACCAUGAAUACAGCCAUCAGUGAUCAGCUGAGGACACUUCUGAUGUCUUUCAGUUUACCCUACACUAUCAAUGACCGCACAAACAUUACAGAAAUCAGCAUGACUACAGUCUGUUCUUUGAAUGAAAAGGAAUAUCAGUGUAAAUGUGAGGGUCUGUUUGUUUGGCCAAAUGACACGUGUCAUUCAUAUGAGACCUGUGAUAACAUCACUGAUGGUGCGUGUACAUGUAUCAAUGCUCUUCCAAGCAAUGGACCGUUCUGUCAGUUGAAGAAAGGACCGAUUUCAAUCUACAUGAUCGAUGUUGAUGUGAGAUUCUUUGAUUCGCUCCUUGUGAACGAUUUACGAAAUCUGAUCACAAAUAUCAACCUUCCUCUCACUCUAAACAACAAGAUAAAUGUCACAGAUAUCGACAUGACAACUGUGUGUGGAUUAAAUGGAACAGAAUAUUUGUGCAAGUGUGAGGAUCAUCAUGUCUGGUCCAGUGACACCUGUGAGGUCCAUCAGGUGUGUGAUGACAUUGUGGGAGGAACUUGUGGAUGUAUUCAAGGUCUCCCUUCAGGGGGUCAGCUUUGCCAGAGAGACAUGAAUGAAUGUGAAGAUGCAGAAUCAGUGUGUGGUCCAAACUCAUAUUGCAGUAACAUCAUUGGGAGUCACAUGUGUUCAUGCCGGAGUGGAUUUGCUGCCUUGAAUAGAAACAGUCCUGUGAGCCUCAACAACCCAUGUGUCUUGAUCCUUCCUUUAACUGAAUAUCAGAUUGAAAUUCAGAUAAAUACCAUGAAUACAGCCAUCAGUGAUCAGCUGAGGACACUUCUGAUGUCUUUCAGUUUACCCUACACUAUCAAUGACCGCACAAACAUUACAGAAAUCAGCAUGACUACAGUCUGUUCUUUGAAUGAAAUGGAAUAUCAGUGUAAAUGUGAGGGUCUGUUUGUUUGGCCAAAUGACACGUGUCAUUCAUAUGAGACCUGUGAUAACAUCACUGAUGGUGCGUGUACAUGUAUCAAUGCUCUUCCAAGCAAUGGACCGUUCUGUCAGUUGAAGAAAGGACCGAUUUCAAUCUACAUGAUCGAUGUUGAUGUGAGAUUCUUUGAUUCGCUCCUUGUGAACGACUUACGAAAUCUGAUCACAAAUAUCAACCUUCCUCUCACUCUAAACAGCAACAUAAAUGUCACAGAUAUCGACAUGACAACUGUGUGUGGAUUAAUGGGAACAGAAUAUUUGUGCAAGUGUGAGGAUCAUCAUGUCUGGUCCAGUGACACCUGUGAGGUCCAUCAGGUGUGUGAUGACAUUGUGGGAGGAACUUGUGGAUGUAUUCAAGGUCUCCCUUCAGGGGGUCAGCUUUGCCAGAGAGACAUGAAUGAAUGUGAAGAUGCAGAAUCAGUGUGUGGUCCAAACUCAUAUUGCAGUAACAUCAUUGGGAGUCACAUGUGUUCAUGCCGGAGUGGAUUUGCUGCCUUGAAUAGAAACAGUCCUGUGAGCCUCAACAACCCAUGUGUCUUGAUUCUUCCUUUAACUGAAUAUCAGAUUGAAAUUCAGAUAAAUACCAUGAAUACAGCCAUCAGUGAUCAGCUGAGGACACUUCUGAUGUCUUUCAGUUUACCCUACACUAUCAAUGACCGCACAAACAUUACAGAAAUCAGCAUGACUACAGUCUGUUCUUUGAAUGAAAAGGAAUAUCAGUGUAAAUGUGAGGGUCUGUUUGUUUGGCCAAACGACACGUGUCAUUCAUAUGAGACCUGUGAUAACAUCACUGAUGGUGCGUGUACAUGUAUCAAUGCUCUUCCAAGCAAUGGACCGUUCUGUCAGUUGAAGAAAGGACCGAUUUCAAUCUACAUGAUCGAUGUUGAUGUGAGAUUCUUUGAUUCGCUCCUUGUGAACGAUUUACGAAAUCUGAUCACAAAUAUCAACCUUCCUCUCACUCUAAACAACAAGAUAAAUGUCACAGAUAUCGACAUGACAACUGUGUGUGGAUUAAAUGGAACAGAAUAUUUGUGCAAGUGUGAGGAUCAUCAUGUCUGGUCCAAUGACACCUGUGAGGUCCAUCAGGUGUGUGAUGACAUUGUGGGAGGAACUUGUGGAUGUAUUCAAGGUCUCCCUUCAGGGGGUCAGCUUUGCCAGAGAGACAUGAAUGAAUGUGAAGAUACAGAAUCAGUGUGUGGUCCAAACUCAUAUUGCAGUAACAUCAUUGGGAGUCACAUGUGUUCAUGCUGGAGUGGAUUUGCUGCCUUGAAUAGAAACAGUCCUGUGAGCCUCAACAACCCAUGUGUCUUGAUUCUUCCUUUAACUGAAUAUCAGAUUGAAAUUCAGAUAAAUACCAUGAAUACAGCCAUCAGUGAUCAGCUGAGGACACUUCUGAUGUCUUUCAGUUUACCCUACACUAUCAAUGACCGCACAAACAUUACAGAAAUCAGCAUGACUACAGUCUGUUCUUUGAAUGAAAUGGAAUAUCAGUGUAAAUGUGAGGGUCUGUUUGUUUGGCCAAAUGACACGUGUCAUUCAUAUGAGACCUGUGAUAACAUCACUGAUGGUGCGUGUACAUGUAUCAAUGCUCUUCCAAGCAAUGGACCGUUCUGUCAGUUGAAGAAAGGACCGAUUUCAAUCUACAUGAUCGAUGUUGAUGUGAGAUUCUUUGAUUCGCUCCUUGUGAACGAUUUACGAAAUCUGAUCACAAAUAUCAACCUUCCUCUCACUCUAAACAGCAACAUAAAUGUCACAGAUAUCGACAUGACAACUGUGUGUGGAUUAAAUGGAACAGAAUAUUUGUGCAAGUGUGAGGAUCAUCAUGUCUGGUCCAAUGACACCUGUGAGGUCCAUCAGGUGUGUGAUGACAUUGUGGGAGGAACUUGUGGAUGUAUUCAAGGUCUCCCUUCAGGGGGUCAGCUUUGCCAGAGAGACAUGAAUGAAUGUGAAGAUACAGAAUCAGUGUGUGGUCCAAACUCAUAUUGCAGUAACAUCAUUGGGAGUCACAUGUGUUCAUGCUGGAGUGGAUUUGCUGCCUUGAAUAGAAACAGUCCUGUGAGCCUCAACAACCCAUGUGUCUUGAUUCUUCCUUUAACUGAAUAUCAGAUUGAAAUUCAGAUAAAUACCAUGAAUACAGCCAUCAGUGAUCAGCUGAGGACACUUCUGAUGUCUUUCAGUUUACCCUACACUAUCAAUGACCGCACAAACAUUACAGAUAUCAGCAUGACUACAGUCUGUUCUUUGAAUGAAAUGGAAUAUCAAUGUAAAUGUGAGGGUCUGUUUGUUUGGCCAAAUGACACGUGUCAUUCAUAUGAGACCUGUGAUAACAUCACUGAUGGUGCGUGUACAUGUAUCAAUGCUCUUCCAAGCAAUGGACCGUUCUGUCAGUUGAAGAAAGGACCGAUUUCAAUCUACAUGAUCGAUGUUGAUGUGAGAUUCUUUGAUUCGCUCCUUGAGAACGAUUUACGAAAUCUGAUCACAAAUAUCAACCUUCCUCUCACUCUAAACAACAAGAUAAAUGUCACAGAUAUCGACAUGACAACUGUGUGUGGAUUAAAUGGAACAGAAUAUUUGUGCAAGUGUGAGGAUCAUCAUGUCUGGUCCAAUGACACCUGUGAGGUCCAUCAGGUGUGUGAUGACAUUGUGGGAGGAACUUGUGGAUGUAUUCAAGGUCUCCCUUCAGGGGGUCAGCUUUGCCAGAGAGACAAGAAUGAAUGUGAAGAUACAGAAUCAGUGUGUGGUCCAAACUCAUAUUGCAGUAACAUCAUUGGGAGUCACAUGUGUUCAUGCUGGAGUGGAUUUGCUGCCUUGAACAGAAACAGUCCUGUGAGCCUCAACAACCCAUGUGUCUUGAUUCUUCCUUUAACUAAAUAUCAGAUUGAAAUUCAGAUAAAUACCAUGAAUACAGCCAUCAGUGAUCAGCUGAGGACACUUCUGAUGUCUUUCAGUUUACCCUACACUAUCAAUGACCGCACAAACAUUACAGAUAUCAGCAUGACUACAGUCUGUUCUUUGAAUGAAAUGGAAUAUCAGUGUAAAUGUGAGGGUCUGUUUGUUUGGCCAAACGACACGUGUCAUUCAUAUGAGACCUGUGAUAACAUCACUGAUGGUUCGUGUACAUGUAUCAAUGCUCUUCCAAGCAAUGGACCGUUCUGUCAGUUGAAGAAAGGACCGAUUUCAAUCUACAUGAUCGAUGUUGAUGUGAGAUUCUUUGAUUCGCUCCUUGUGAACGAUUUACGAAAUCUGAUCACGAAUAUCAACCUUCCUCUCACUCUAAACAGCAACAUAAAUGUCACAAAUAUCGACAUGACAACUGUGUGUGGAUUAAAUGGAACAGAAUAUUUGUGCAAGUGUGAGGAUCAUCAUGUCUGGUCCAAUGACACCUGUGAGGUCCAUCCGGUGUGUGAUGACAUUGUGGGAGGAACUUGUGGAUGUAUUCAAGGUCUCCCUUCAGUGGGUCAGCUUUGCCAGAGAGACAUGAAUGAAUGUGAAGAUACAGAAUCAGUGUGUGGUCCAAACUCAAACUGUUAUAACAUCAUUGGGAGUCACAUGUGUUCAUGCCGGAGUGGAUUUGCUGCCUUGAAUAGAAACAGUCCUGUGAGCCUCAACAACUCGUGUGUGGAUGUUGAUGAAUGUGUUGAGACACCUGAGAUCUGUGGUCGAAACUCAAUCUGUAACAACACUGAUGGGAGUUACAAUUGCUGGUGUAUGAGUGGAUAUGUUAUAACAGACACAAACCUCCCUAUAAACAACAGUAACACAUGCAGAGAUGUGAAUGAAUGUGUGGAGACACCUGAGAUCUGUGGUCCAAACUCAAUCUGCAACAACACUGAUGGGAGUUACAAUUGCUGGUGUAUAAGUGGAUAUGAUGUAACAGACCCAAACCUCCCUAUAAACAACAGUAACCCAUGCAGAGAUGUGAAUGAAUGUGUGGAGACACCUGAGAUCUGUGGUCCAAACUCAAUCUGUAACAACACUGAUGGGAGUUACAAUUGCUUGUGCAUGAGUGGAUAUAAUGUUACAAAUCCAAACCUCCAUAUAAACAACAGUAACCCAUGCAGAGAUGUUGAUGAAUGUGUGGAGACACCUGAGAUCUGUGGUCCAAACUCAAUCUGUAACAACACUGAUGGGAGUCACAAUUGCUGGUGUAUGAGUGGAUAUGUUAUAACAGACCCAAACCUCCAUAUAAACAACAGUAACCCAUGUAGAGAUGUGAACGAAUGUGUGGAGACACCUGAGAUCUGUGGUCCAAACUCAAUCUGCAACAACACUGAUGGGAGUUACAAUUGCUCGUGUGCGAGUGGAUUUAAUGUUACAAACCCAAACCUCCCUAUAAACAGCAGUAACCCAUGCAUAGAUAUUUAUGAAUGUUUUGACCCACCAUCAGUGUGUGGACCGAACGCUCACUGUCACGAUUACAAUGGAAGCUUCUCGUGCUCUUGUCUGAAGGGAUAUGAUGUCGAUGGAAGUCCAGUUAGUAAAACUAACAUGUGCACUGACGUGGAUGAAUGUGUUGAGACACCUCAGAUCUGUGGUCCAAACUCAAUCUGUAACAACACUGAUGGGAGUCACAAUUGCUGGUGUAUGAGUGGAUAUAAUGUUACAAACCCAAACCUCCAUAUAAACAGCGGAAACCCAUGCAGAGAUGUGAAUGAAUGUGUUGAGACACCUGAGAUCUGUGGUCCAAACUCAAUCUGUAACAACACUGAUGGGAGUUACAAUUGCUGGUGUAUGAGUGGAUAUGUUAUAACAGACCCAAACCUCCCUAUAAACAACAGUAACACAUGCAGAGAUGUGAAUGAAUGUGUGGAGACACCUGAGAUCUGUGGUCCAAACUCAAUCUGCAACAACACUGAUGGGAGUUACAAUUGCUCGUGUAUGAGUGGAUAUAAUGUAACAGACCCAAACCUCCCUAUUAACAACAGUAACCCAUGUAGAGAUGUGAAUGAAUGUGUUGAGACACCUGAGAUCUGUGGUCCAAACUCAAUCUGUAACAACACUGAUGGGAGUUACAAUUGCUGGUGUAUGAGUGGAUAUGUUAUAACAGACCCAAACCUCCCUAUAAACAACAGUAACACAUGCAGAGAUGUGAAUGAAUGUGUGGAGACACCUGAGAUCUGUGGUCCAAACUCAAUCUGUAACAACACUGAUGGGAGUUACAAUUGCUGGUGUAGAAGUGGAUAUGAUGUAACAGACCCAAACCUCCCUAUAAACAACAGUAACCCAUGUAGAGAUGUGAAUGAAUGUGUGGAGACACCUGAGAUCUGUGGUCCAAACUCAAUCUGUAACAACACUGAUGGGAGUUACAAUUGCUUGUGCAUGAGUGGAUAUAAUGUUACAAAUCCAAACCUCCAUAUAAACAACAGUAACACAUGCAGAGAUGUGAAUGAAUGUGUGGAGACACCUGAGAUCUGUGGUCCAAACUCAAUCUGCAACAACACUGAUGGGAGUUACAAUUGCUCGUGUGUGAGUGGAUAUGAUGUAACAGACACAAACCUCCCUAUAAACAACAGUAACACAUGCAGAGAUGUGGAUGAAUGUGUGGAGACACCUGAGAUCUGUGGUCUAAACUCAAUCUGUAACAACACUGAUGGGAGUUACAAUUGCUGGUGUAUGAGUGGAUAUAAUGUAACAGACCCAAACCUCCCUAUAAACAACAGUAACCCAUGCAGAGAUGUGAAUGAAUGUGUGGAGACACCUGAGAUCUGUGGUCCAAACUCAAUCUGCAACAACACUGAUGGGAGUUACAAUUGCUUGUGCAUGAGUGGAUAUAAUGUUACAAAUCCAAACCUCCAUAUAAACAACAGUAACCCAUGCAGAGAUGUGGAUGAAUGUGUUGAGACGCCUGAGAUCUGUGGUCCAAACUCAAUCUGUAACAACACUGAUGGGAGUUACAAUUGCUCGUGUGUGAGUGGAUAUGAUGUAACAGACCCAAACCUCCCUAUAAACAACAGUAACCCAUGCAGAGAUGUUGAUGAAUGUGUGGAGACACCUGAGAUCUGUGGUCCUAACUCAAUCUGUAACAACACUGAUGGGAGUUACAAUUGCUGGUGUAUGAGUGGACAUAUUGUAAGAGACCCAAACCUCCAUAUCAACAGCGGAAACCCAUGCAGAGAUGUGAACGAAUGUGUGGAGACACCUGAGAUCUGUGGUCCAAACUCAAUCUGCAACAACACUGAUGGGAGUUACAAUUGCUCGUGUGCGAGUGGAUUUAAUGUUACAAACCCAAACCUCCCUAUAAACAGCAGUAACCCAUGCAUAGAUAUUUAUGAAUGUUUUGACCCACCAUCAGUGUGUGGACCGAACGCUCACUGUCACGAUUACAAUGGAAGCUUCUCGUGCUCUUGUCUGAAGGGAUAUGAUGUCAAUGGAAGUCCAGUUAGUAAAACUAACAUGUGCACUGACGUGGAUGAAUGUGUUGAGACACCUCAGAUCUGUGGUCCAAACUCAAUCUGUAACAACACUGAUGGGAGUUACAAUUGCUGGUGUAUGAGUGGAUAUAUUGUUACAAACCCAAACCUCCAUAUAAACAGCGGAAACCCAUGCAGAGAUGUGAAUGAAUGUGUUGAGACACCUGAGAUCUGUGGUCCAAACUCAAUGUGCAGCAACUCUGAUGGGAGUUACAAUUGCACGUGCAGGAGUGGAUUUACAAAUUUAAACCUCCCUAUAAACAGCAGUAACCCAUGCAGAGAUGUGGAUGAAUGUACUGAGACACCUACGAUAUGUGGUCCACACUCGAUGUGCAGCAACACUGAUGGGAGUUACAAUUGCACGUGCAGGAGUGGAUUUACAAAUCCAAACCUCCCUAUAAACAACAUUAACCCAUGCAGAGAUGUGGAUGAAUGUGUAAAGCCACUUGAGGUCUGUGGUCCAAACUCAAUGUGCAGCAACACUGAUGGGAGUUACAUUUGCACGUGCAUGAGUGGAUUUACAAAUCCAGACCUCCCUAUAAACAGCAGUAACCCAUGCAGAGAUGUGGAUGAAUGUGUGGAGACACCUGAGAUCUGUGGUCCAAAGUCAACCUGCAGCAACACUGAUGGGAGUUACAUUUGCACGUGCAUGAGUGGAUUUACAAAUCCAGACCUCCCUAUAAACAACAGUAACCCAUGCAGAGAUGUGGAUGAAUGUGUAAAGCCACUUGAGGUCUGUGGUCCAAACUCAAUCUGCAGCAACACUGAUGGGAGUUACAUUUGCACGUGCAUGAGUGGAUUUACAAAUCCAGACCUCCCUAUAAACAGCAGUAACCCAUGCAGAGAUGUGGAUGAAUGUGUAAAGCCACUUGAGGUCUGUGGUCCAAACUCAAUCUGCAGCAACACUGAUGGGAGUUAUAUUUGCACGUGCAUGAGUGGAUUUACAAAUCCAGACCUCCCUAUAAACAACAGUAACCCAUGCAGAGAUGUGGAUGAAUGUGUAAAGCCACUUGAGGUCUGUGGUCCAAACUCAAUCUGCAGCAACACUGAUGGGAGUUACAUUUGCACGUGCAUGAGUGGAUUUACAAAUCCAAACCUCCCUAUAAACAGCAGUAACCCAUGCAGAGAUGUGGAUGAAUGUGUGGAGACACCUGAGAUCUGUGGUCCAAAGUCAACCUGCAGCAACACUGAUGGGAGUUACAUUUGCACGUGCAUGAGUGGAUUUACAAAUCCAGACCUCCCUAUAAACAGCAGUAACCCAUGCAGAGAUGUGGAUGAAUGUGUAAAGCCACUUGAGGUCUGUGGUCCAAACUCAAUCUGCACCAACACUGAUGGGAGUUACAUUUGCACAUGCAUGAGUGGAUUUACAAAUCCAAACCUCCCUAUAAACAACAGUAACCCAUGCAAAGCACCACCCACAACAGUUAAAAUGUCAAUGCGAAUAAAUCUUGAUUUUGACACCGGUCUCCUGAACAAAACUGACAAGAAGUACCUAGACUAUGUAAAAUUCAUUACGGAAGCAAUUGAGGAAAGUUACUUGAAACUGCCAAACUACAUUAAAGGUUCAGUAAAAGUUACUGGCUUCAGGUCUGGCAGCAUUAUAGCAGACUACACGAUUAACACUGUCAACAGCGGCAGUUUCGAUUUAUCAUCAGCAAACACACAGGUUUCUGAUGCUCUCUCCAAAAAUGGAAUACCUUUAGCUCUCAAUGCCUUUGAACAAAGUGAGGAAACAAACAUGACAACCAAAGAUAAAUAUUAUUCUCAGCAAAGUAUGGAACUGAGGUGUACGCUUCCAACUUCUGUUGUGGAAACAAUAAAAUGGAAAGUGAAUGACAACAAUCUUGUAGGAAACACAACAAAAUACACAAUUACAAAUGAUGCUAGUGGUAGCACUCUCAAAGUGAUUGACUUGAGUGAAAGAGAUAAUGGUAGAUACUCAUGCGUCAUUGAAAGAAGCCCAAUACCUUACGUCCAGUGGCAAAAAGUAGUCAUUGAAGCAACUCCCAAGAUCAUAGUGAAUACACUUGAAAUACAGUUGGAGUGUAAAGAUGAUGUCCUUCUGAGUUGCUGUGCAGAACACUAUUCGGUUGAGUGGGUUGACAGUUCUCCUAAGGAUCUAAGGACUUCAGAGACUGGCUGCAUCACGUUUCAAUACUCGAGCACAAGUUGUGGGACCCCUAAAAAAUUCACAUGCCGACUAAAGGACAUGAUUGAAUUACGAGAAUUUGGUUAUAGCAAUACAACAGUCACAGUUAAGACAAUCAGUGUUUCAGAUGUUGAAUGUAAAAAUGACACCCUUGGAGUUGGAAAAUUAGGUAACAUUGUGGAAGGACCUUGUGAAAAAGGCCUGGUUGGCAACAACACUUAUCAAUGUAAAGAGAAAAACUCAAAAAAGGAAUGGGAAUUAUUGCCUGAAAAGAGCAAUUGUGUUGUUAAAGCUAUCCAAGGCCUAGAGGAGAAGGCUGAGCUUUUGGUCGUAGAGGAGAUUCCAGCGUUUAUGGCAAACCUUAGUAAAGCUGCAGGUCAGGAUAAUGUUACGAUAACACAAUCUGCUGCUACUGUCGAAACAAUAGUUGAGAUACUCUCUAAAGUUGCUGGUUUCUCAAAAAAUGUUACCAUCAGUCAACCUGUGAUGAAGGAUUUUCUUAAAACAGUGGACAUCAUUGUUGCAGAUGAAUCUAAAGAAACAUGGGCAGAAUUAAACGAUGGCAACACUACAGAUAACAGAAGCACUGAACUACUACAAGCUAUUGAGAAAAUAAGUGACAGUCUCUCAGAUAAUGAUUUUACGAUCAAUGAAACUACCAUUCAGUUGACUAGAAAACUAAUCAGAAACUCAUUCAUUGAAGAUUCUCUACUAGCAAACUCAACUACUCAGAUUGUGAUACCAAAUGUUGAACAAGCCCUUGUAACCAUUAUUGUCUUCACAAAGCUUGACAAUGUACUACCAACUCGUAAUACUUCUAAAAAUGACAACAGGACAUCAGAAAACCGCAUUAACGGAGACGUGGUUGUGGUUAGGGGUAAUAAUACAAUCAACAACAUUUCCUUUACUUUUGAUAUUACGAAUACGACAUUGAAGAAUCCUCAGUGUGUCUUUUGGAACUUUGAUCUCGACCAAUGGGAUUCAACUGGGUGUAAAGUCAAGCACUUAGGGAAUGAAGGGAACAACGUUACAUGUGAAUGCAACCACACAACCUCUUUUUCAAUCCUGAUGUCGCCGUUUGCAUUCAAAGACCCUGUGCAAAGCACAGCCUUAGCCUAUAUAACAUACAUCGGUGUUGCUAUUUCAAUAACCAGCUUGAUUCUGUGUCUCAUCAUUGAGAUGAUUGUAUGGGAGUCAGUGAAAAGAAAUAACACGUCGUACAUGCGACACGUCUCAAUAGUCAACAUCGCUGUGUCUCUGCUGAUUGCAAACAUCUGUUUCAUCAUUGGAGCUGCAAUCGCAGAUCAAGACAUAAAAAAAGAGCAGAUGAUCUCAGUGGCUCGCUGCAGUCCAGUGGUUUUCUUCAUGCACUUUUUUUACCUUGCUCUCUUCUUCUGGAUGUUCGUUUCAGCACUUUUUCUGUUUUACUGCACUGUCAUGGUCUUUUCUCAAAUCUCAAAGACUAAAAUGAUGAUCAUUGGCUUCACAGUUGGUUAUGGUGCACCUUUGCUCAUAGCAGUUAUAACUGUUGCAUCCACGGCAGGACCUGAAAACUAUGUUUCAAAAGAAAAUGUGUGCUGGCUGAACUGGACUGAAUCCAAGGCCCUGUUGGCAUUUGUUAUUCCAGCUCUGACUAUCUUCUUCUUUAACCUCAUGGUUGUGAUUGUAGUCAUGUGUAAGAUGUUGAGGAGAGGAGUUGGUGCUGCAACUCAACCAAAUGAAAGACAUACUCUUGUGGUCAUUGCUCGAAGUGUGGCUGUUCUGACUCCUAUCUUCGGCCUAACAUGGGGAUUCGGCAUUGGAACACUGGUGUCACGUAACUUUGGUAUUCACGUGGUGUUUGCAUUCCUAAAUUCACUGCAGGGACUCUUUAUUUUGCUGUUUGGACUGCUUUUUGAUAGUAAGAUCCGUGAUUUACUGGCAGGAAAGUUGGCACUUAGGACUCUUACCAGCUCUGACCGUACCAGGACCACUACUGCAGGACCACCUUCAAGUAGAUUUGAUUUCUUUCGAAGGAUGCGGAGAAGACAUGCGUACAACAUUGCGGAAGCCGCUACAUCCUCUGGAGUUGGGUCUAGUGAAAACUACAGUGUUUCGGAUGCUUUCGGGAGUGCUUAACUGAUGCAUUUACUACUGCCGACAGACCUUUCCAUAAGAGUUUCUUCUAGUGCAGCCAUACUGGAAGGUGCACUUUCUGUUUCUGUCAUGUUCUGGAAAGAAAUUUUUCAGUUUUUAACAUGAAUCAAAAAAAACGGGUCUAAGAUUUUAACAGAUUUCAUUGUAAUACAAAGGUGAUAUUAAUAAUGUGAGAUUGGUGUUUGUUUAAUUUUCCUUAUAACUAGAUUUCUCUGAACAUUACAUCUGUUGUGUUUUUCUAUACUGUCUUGAUUAUUUUAAGCCAAAUACAUAAAAUAAAAUUAUAAUGUUCCAAUGAUGGAA